AUGGGAUCGAAGAAAUGGCAAGCAAAACGCCGCAUUCUCAACAAACAGCGAAGAAAGGCGAGGCGUGCUGCCGAGAUUGCCGCCCGGAAUGCGGGCACUCAAGCUGAAGCUGAACAAGUCUCAAAAGUCUCAGAAAGCGCAUCGGCCCCUGAGACCGCGCCACAAGUGAACAAAGAGCCAGCUGGCCAGAAGGUCUCCGCUUCUUCUCCCUCUAGCAAGCCCACCAAGCCCAAAGCAACCACCCCUGCCGCCAGGGGCGAGAUCAAAACGAUCAAUCUCAGACACCGCCUCAGAAUCCUGGAGAAGACGGUGGCUGGGACGGUACAAGGCGGGGCCAAGAGAAUGAAACAGUAUGAGGAAAGAAUGCGCAAACUGGAGCAGGAGAAUCUUUUGUUGCGAGCAGAUGUUGCGGCGCUCAGAAGGGGUUGGUAA